GUGAGCUUCAAGAUUAUGGUAAUGUGUUUCUCAUGGAAGGGAAUUCUCAUAAUAGUAGUCUGCCUCUCCAGCUUUGGAGGGUGUUGCGGGGAGCUCUGCAGAUUUCUGGGAAACUGGCCUUUGUUCUGCUACUACCAUCUUGCCCAGAAGUACUGCUUCAGGAAAACCAGGAAAGGAAGGAACAAGCUGCAAAGGCAGAGAAAAGGAAGAAACUUCUUGCAGAAGAAGAAGCUAAGCGACAAAAGGGGGAAUGUGGAAUUAUCAGGUGGAAAUAAUGCAGGCCAUACUGUGGUUGUUGACGGGAAGGAAUAUGACUUUCACCUCUUUCCUAGUGGCAUAAUUAAUCCAAAGGCAAUUUCCUUCAUUGGUAAUGGGGUGGUUAUACAUUUACCAGGCUUGUUUGAAGAAGCUGAAAAAAACGAGAAGAAAGGUUUAAAGGACUGGGAGAAAAGACUCAUUAUCUCAGACAGAGCACAUAUUGUGUUUGACUUUCAUCAAGCUGUUGAUGGACUUCAAGAAGUACAACGCCAAGCACAAGAGGGAAAAAAUAUUGGCACAACAAAGAAAGGCAUUGGACCAACAUAUUCUUCCAAAGCUGCAAGAACAGGCCUUCGUGUUUGUGAUCUGCUUGCAGAUUUUGAUGAAUUUUCUUCCAGAUUCAAGAAUCUCGCGCAGCAGUACAAGUCAAUGUUUCCCAAUUUGGAAAUAGACAUAGAUGGGCAACUGAAAAAACUAAAGGGAUAUGCUGAAAAAAUAAGACCAAUGGUCCGAGAUGGUGUUUAUUUUAUGUAUGAAGCUCUUCAUGGGUCCCCAAAGAAAAUUCUUGUUGAAGGUGCCAAUGCAGCACUACUUGACAUUGACUUUGGCACAUACCCAUUUGUGACUUCAUCAAACUGCACCGUGGGUGGUGUGUGCACAGGACUCGGUGUUCCUCCCCAGAACAUUGGUGAAGUAUAUGGCGUGGUGAAGGCCUACACCACAAGAGUGGGAAUUGGAGCCUUUCCCACUGAGCAGAUUAACGAAAUUGGAGACCUCUUACAGUCCCGAGGCCAUGAAUGGGGUGUAACCACAGGCAGAAAAAGACGCUGUGGCUGGUUAGACCUUGUUAUUUUGAAGUAUGCUCAUAUGAUCAAUGGAUUCACUGCUCUGGCAUUAACAAAACUGGAUAUUCUGGAUGUCCUUGAUGAGAUUAAAAUUGGUGUUGCUUACAAACUGGGUGGAAAAAGAAUUCCGUAUUUUCCAGCUAACCAGGAGAUACUACAGAAAGUGGAAGUGGAGUAUGAAACAAUGCCUGGGUGGAAGACUGACACAACUGGUGCGAGAAAAUGGGAAGACCUCCCACCCAAGGCACAGAAUUACAUACGAUGUGUGGAAAAUCAUGUCGGGGUGCCAGUUAAAUGGGUUGGAGUUGGAAAAUCAAGAGAGUCAAUGAUCCAGCUAUUUUAAACAAACAAAGAACUUCAGUGAUGAAAAACACAAUUUACUGUUCAUCUGUUCCUUACUGCUCCCAAGUUACAGUGGAGAUGCUGUUUGAAACCAAAAUGUUCUUCUAGGAGAUGAGUAGAAACAAAAUGCAUAUUCUGUACUUUCUUAUUUUCAUUUACCUUUCAGCUUCCAGUAAAUGCGACUAUUCAGUGAUUAAAAAUCUGUUUGGUAGCCACUAUCACAAGAAUUGCAAAAGCAUAAAAAUUCAGUAACUUGAAAUCAAGAACAGGAGUGAAAAUAUAUAUUUUUUUUCUUUUUAGUUGUGCCAUAUUAGUAUUCAAAGUGUUUCACAUCCAUAGGCAGUUAUUUCUUCAGACUGUUGCCAAUAUCAAACAUUUUCCAAUACUUAUUAAGCAAAUGCAGAAUUGUAAAAGCUGAAUGUAUUCUUCAUUGCAGGUUCUUAAAAUGUUGUGGCUAUAGGUUGGCGGUGAUAAGACAUAAAUUACAUUGAAUUAUGGCCUUUUAUGUAGACCCUCAGUCCCAAAAUAAUUGUUUGGUAGGCAUUUUUAAUUCCACAAAGCGAGACAAUCACAAUUAGCUGGAGGCCUGUGAUUUUAUUUUUACAGCCUACUAAUGUGAGAAAAGGAAAAGUGAUCGUAUUGGAGAGCAGUGCAAGCCAGUAACUGAGGUAACUUCUGGAGAUGGUCCAAACUUGAGACAGGUGACCUGUCUAGGCGUUCCCUCUCAUAGCCUCUUUACCAACAGGCACUCCAUGUAGGGGCUAUCGGAAGUGCUAUCCUUUCCUCCUGUACAAAAUGGAAGACAUAAGAGGAGUGGGUGAUGGCUAUAAAGGCCCUAAGGCCACAAAAAGUAUCAGGGCCAUUGGAGCCAAUGUAAUAUGGUGCACCCUCUCUACGAACUCAAUGUUUGUUCAUUAAAAUCCCUUGUGGGUCUUGCCAGUUAGAGGUGAGUGAUGAAGAAGCAGGGAGCAGCAGCACUGUAUCCCAUGCUCAUCUUCAAACCUCUUGGAUUUUCAAGCACAAAUUUGUGCAUGACUAAACAUUGCUAGGUGGAGCAUGAACUCCCCUUCACAGCUUUUGACCCCACUCAGCAAAGUUUAGAGGAUAUUUGUCCUCGAGGAGGGAGCAUAUGGCAGCUCAACUCAACGAAGCUUCUCGGGAAGAGAGGAGCAGCAUGGAGAUCCCCAAGACUUCCAAGGAUGGACCUGGAUUUCCUCAUGAAUCCUUAGAUUCCUAAUUGCUAAAAGGCCACACUCCGUACCCCAUCUGCAUGGCUCGGAUCCCUCUUAUAGGGAUCCCUCCACAGAGGGAGAGACUAUUUAUGUCAUUUCCGAAUGCUGUGGGGUAUAUCCAGGAAUGGCAUCACGGCCCUAGCCAGCUCACAAAGCCGUAAUGCCAGGAUGUAUUUUGUGAAGAUACCCCUUUUUCUGAGGUAGCCCCACCAAGCAGGAUGGCGUACAAACGCUCAGAAAUGAAUACCUCGGUACAUCUCUAGAUUAUCACAGAUGUGUUAACCCAGUUUGUCUCAUCUCUGAGAUGUAUCAGUCUUUAACAUUUAAGGUUUGCCUUAACAUUUAAGGACAGCCAUGGCUGGUAUACCAAUGAAGUAGUAAAGUACUUCAUGUGGUGGGACAUAUAUGCCCUGUUAGUUGUAGUAAAGGCCCUUUGCACCCUCUUCUGGCUGCAGCACAGUAAAGUCCAACUCCAUUCAGCUCAGGCUGGAGCUUUAGGCCACAAUUUCAUCCUUUACGUCUAGUCCUAUGAUCACAAAGUCCCAAGUCCUAGCAUCAGCUCCGAUUCCUUCAGUGGCCUUGGGCAUGUCAUUUAGGCAUUGAGCCUCAGUUCUGCCACCAGUAAAAUGGUGAAUAAUAUUACUUCCUUACCUACCUCAAAUAGGUGCUGUGAGGAUUGAUGAAUAUGGGCCAAAUCCUGCCAUCCUUUGUCUGUCUUUAAUCAGGCAAAACUUCCAUUGCAUAGUCAAUGAGAAUCCUGCCAGCAUAAGGGCAGUAGGAUUUGGACUCACUUGAUGUUUGUAAAGUCCUUUUGGAAGGUACUUGAUAAGUACUAAAUAUUAGUAGUACUGUAAAAUAGAGCUUAUUUUUUGAGGCACCCUAAGCAUAAACACUCUUGGGGGUAGAUUCAUCAAGUUUCUUUUCCAGUCAGCUCAGCCUCAUGUUGUCCAUCCACUAGACCAGAUGUUGGUCACCUUUUCUGGCUGUGGACCGGAAUGACCCACCCCAGGUCAGAGGCGGAUGGCCAGGUGCCACAACCCUGCUACUGCCACCACUCGUCUCCCUGGCAGCACAGGGAGAUCAUCCUCAGAAGACACCCCCACCACAAACAUCACUGAAACCCUAGGUCAAGCCAAUGGUUUCAUAGGCCAGAUCUGGCCUGCAGACUGUAGACUAGAUGAUUCGGAUUCCUUUCCCAGCCCACUAUGCUUCGGGACAUUUUGUUAGGGCAAAGCUGUUUUGUUUGGACCUUGGUUGGUUUUAUUUAUUAGGUCACUGGUGUUCAACUCUGGCCCGUAGGCUACAUGUAGCCUAUGAAGCUGGUGUAAACAGGCUAUCACUGCCAUGCCAAUGCAGGUGAGCACGCCUGUUGCUUGUCUCCUCCUUUCCCCAGAGUCUGAGCAGCAGUGGUGUUCACCUGUGCUGAUACACCAACAAGUUCAGGGCUUUCAUGCAGCUCCAAGAGCCUGGGAGUUAAGCGUAGCCGCUGUUGCUUGGGCCUUUUUUGCCCUGCUGCUGAAUUCAGCGGUGGGGCGUUUAGAGGAGGAGAUCAGCAGCAACGCUCAGCUCCUGGGCUCCAGAGCCCCAUAAAAACUUUGACAGCUGGAAGGGGAAAGGCAGUGUUGGUCUGCUUUUAGCAACUGCAUGCAUGCAUGCCCAUGGGGCUGUGGUAUAGCACAGGGCUGCUAUAGCACCUGAAAAAAAUAAGUUAUUUCAAAGAAAGCCCUGCUGCUGUGGAGCAGAGCAUGAUUCCACUCGCCCCAUGUUCCCAAAGCCUAUGUAUGCUCUGCCUUGAGGGGACACUGGUAGGGCACAGGGAAGUGUGGGGAGCUGAAGUAAGAUACAGUACUGCCAGCUGGGCAAACUCCGUCUGUCAUUUGAAAGAAUUCUUUAAUUAACUUGUGUAAUAUUAUGGCUGGUCAUCUUAUUUUUUGUACCAAUUCUAAAUUUUAAUUAUUUGUAUAAAAUUGAAAACAAUACUACAGAAUAUUAAACCUCUUACUUUGUAUUAAGAUGCCUAAAAUUACUAAAAAUGUAUGUUUUCCUUUCUAAUAUUACUUAAAAUUCUUACUAUUAGGAUAUGCCAAAGCAUAGCUCUCUAAUGCUUUUCUUUGCAGCCCUUGAUUUCUGAUUGUAAGGUUUGACACACUUGUAACAAAGGUUGAGCACCACUGCAUUAGGGCAAAAGUGAGCAAUGAUUACACUUAGCAUACUAUAACCUUCGGAAUAAAUAAUUAACCCUAAAUAAAUUAUUUGACAUAUUUAAAUAAAACUAUUGUAAAUUAAUGGUCACAAGAGCAUCUUCUGCUUUACCUAGAUUAUAUUUUCUAUGGAGUUGCUUACCUUUGCAUUUAAGACCUUAGCCAAUUAAGGCCCAUAGUUUGCAGUACACCAAGAGGCAGUUAUCUAAUGACAGUGGGUUUUUUUAGUAACAUGACCUCUGGCAUUUCAUUUCAUUGCAUAGCUUUUUAAUCAAAAUAUUUCUUCCACUGAAUUUGGGGAAUAGUGCCACCAAAUUCAAUGUGAAUGGAUUCAGGAUUUGUUUAUAAGCUUUUUAUAAUUGACGGUAAUGUUGGCCUUGAUAAGAAACAUGUUUGAUAUAAACUGGUUGGCUGUUUCCUGUACAGACUAUCUGGCAUUCGAUCUGUUGUUUGGAAUUUCUUUGUAACAAUAAUCAGUGUGGCUAAUUUUACUUCUCCUUGUUCUCAAGUUAAAUGCAAUAAUAAUGAUUUAAUUUUGUUGAUGUAUUAUAUUGUUAAGUAUACUGAUAGAAAAAUAAGAGAAAAUAUCUACUAGUCUGGUAUACUUUCUUAUAAUGGACUAAAUAUAAAAAAGCAACUGUUAUUGAACUUUUCAUGUAAAGCAGUGUAUUUAACAGGUUCAUGUCAUACCUGACAUCACAAUGUGGCCAUUAUAAUGAGGUGUAUAGUUCUUAACAGAUGUACUUAAGGUGUGCAGGUACACUUUGGAUAUUUUUGUAUUUUAAUUCAUAUGCUGUCCCAGCUAUGGUCUGGUGCACUUUAUGAACUGAAAAAUAAAGUGAAGGGGUUUCAAAAUAAAUGUGCAAAAUGUACAAACAGCCCCUCAUUACGCACUCAUAGAUGCAGAUUUUACAGCUACAAUCUUGAAUUCUCACAUCAUUUUUUUCACCCUCAAAGGCAUGUCAAAACAAACUUAAAAUAACAAAUAUUUCCUUUUUAUGAAUAUAUUCCAUUAUAUGUAAAAGAAAACAUGGGCAAUUCUUUCCUAGUGUUUUAAUAUAAAUAUAUCAAGAAGUUUUGUCUGAGAAGCAGAUAAGUUUAUUUCUAGCUAUAAGUAGCUGAUAUUUACAUUUCAGUCUUAUAUUCUCUGGAUUAGAUAGGGGUAUUCAACUACUUAUAAACCAGGCUUGGAGAUGCUACUGUCUCUGCUAAUUUGGAGCCAUGGGUAGCCAUUUCUACAUGAUUGGGAGGAAACCUUGGAUCAAUAACGAAGUAGAAUUUUUCCCUUUGAAAGUCUCCUGACUAAUUCCAAUGAGUUAUUUCUAUACAUUGCUUGAAGAAACUUGAAUUAACUUCCCACAACUUUUUAUUAAGAACACAAGACUGGGAAAAGUAAGGAAUAAGUGGUCUGAGCUAGCACAACUAAAGCCAGCCCCUAAGACAUGGAGGAGAUUCAGACAAGUGGGGUUAGGAUUUUUCAGAAGAUUCAGUUUUCUCAUAAUCUUCAGUAACCAGUCUGGAACAGCAGGAUUUUUAUUGCAGUGUCUUUAUACAGUGAGCAACAGAGCAGGUUAAUACAUUUACUGCAGGUGAUGUGUGAGAAGGGAUUGGGUGGCAUUCAAUAAACAUUGCUGAGGUUGACAUGCUUUCUGCCAGUCACAAAGAUAUGCUUGAUGGAUUGAGCUUUGUCUGGUAGCUGAAGCUUCCAAAGCAGUUUCAUUGCACUCCAUAAGGCGCUGGUGUUGGAAAUUGCCCAGGACAAAAGAGGGUCUGUGUUGUCUGUGCGGAAGCUACAGGUACAUAUUGAUGCAUGUUCUUUUCUUGGUUCAGACUGGAGAGAAGGGAAAGGAGGAGAAGCAGGCUGAUAGCUAUUUUUCCUUUGUAGAGCUGUGUUGAAUAAACAGCAUUCCUAUUCCUACCCACUUUCUAAUACUAAUGAAUAUUCAUGGAGCCAAAUCUCCCAGCCCCUACUUAUUCCUUACUAAAGGUCUGAUUCACAAACAUGAGCGGGCCCACUUGCAUGGAUCACAGUUCUCCCUUAAGGAAAUGGAGUCCCGACCCAUUUCCGCAGCAGCAUCUUUCUCUUAAACCCUCCCUAUUAGGUCUAGGGAUUUCCGCAAUGGGUGGCUGACACAUCAUUCCUUCCACUAGGGAUCCUGUAGGGAUCAGAGCAGAAAGAAAAUACAGAUCUUCACUGUAUUCCCCUUCAUGCUUUAGGGCACUCCAUUAAACAAGCACCCUCAGGAAUUAUCAGCUGCAGAAAUGCUGGUUGCAUAGGUCUACUACAGCCACGUUGCAAAGGAGCAAGGAGUGCCAGAGACUUUGAGCCUCUGCAUAGAAAUCUCUGGUGACACUUGCACCUUGGUGGAUUUACAGCAUCUGUAGAUUGGCUCUACAGUCUGGUGUAUUAAGUAAGGGUUCCUUUACAACCAACAGAGUUUCAGGGAGAACCUCAGACAAAGAAAACCUUGUGAGUAAUAGUGCUAGAACCAAGCCCUCAAUGAAUAAACACUGAGAAGGGACAUCAGGUUUUGGCCUGAAAAGGUAAUUUAUGUUCUGCCAUAUUAUCAGGAAAUUGGUAGUUCCAAAAUACCUGAUUGUGUUGCUAAAUAUUUUUCUGCCUGUGUUCUUUUUUUUUAAAUUCAUUGAGACAGUCUGUAUUAAAUGUUUGCCAUCUAUAAGCAAUAAAUGACAAGAAACACAAGACUCUCUCGGGGCAUACACAGUGCAUAGCAUACUUUUAUGUAGCAAAAUUUAGCCAGUAGAUGCAGUUUUCAAAGGAUGAGAAUAAAAAAGAUUUUUACACUGA